AGAAGAGCAAUCAGGGAGAAACUUCCUGGGGACGGAGACGGUGCCGGGCUGCAGAGUGAGCGGAGUGGAGGAUACCUGAGACCCAGAGAGGCGCAUCACACACACUCACACACACGGACGCGCGCGCGCAAACACACACUCACACACACAUACGCACAAGAGCUGAAACUCUUUCGUUUCCCGUCUCGCGCGGAUCUAACCUUCCAGCCACGGAUCCGAAGGUGGAGAGCGUGUUUUCCCCUCCGCCCCUGCACUUCCUCAAGAGAGAGAUGGAGGAGAGCUCGAGCUCGCCCGUGUCUCCGGUGGACAGCGUGGUGACCAGCGAGGAGGAGCUGGACAGGCAGCACAAGCGCGUGGGCAGGAAGAGGAGACCCAGCAAGAAGUCGAGCGACGAGGGCAGUCCGGGCUCCGCCAAGCGGGGCAAGAAGGCCAGCCCGAGCCGCGCACACUCCUACGAGGAGCUGCAAAACCAGCGCGUGCUGGCCAACGUGCGCGAGCGCCAGCGGACUCAGUCUCUGAACGAGGCGUUCGCGUCGCUGCGCAAGAUCAUCCCCACGCUGCCCUCGGACAAGCUCAGCAAGAUCCAGACGCUCAAGCUCGCCUCGCGCUACAUCGACUUCCUCUACCAGGUGCUGCAGAGCGACGAGAUGGACAGUAAGAUGUCCAGCUGCAGCUACGUGGCGCACGAGAGACUCAGCUACGCCUUCUCCGUGUGGAGGAUGGAAGGCGCGUGGUCCAUGUCCGCCUCGCACUAGCGGAGAGCUGCUGCUGCUGCUGCAGGGACUGUUUACUUCCACUAAUUCUGAAGACACCAAAGGAUUUCUUGAAGAACCUAUGAACCUCAGUGACAUGGCCAAGACACGUUCUGUGAUUCCCAACAGCGGGCUGGAGCACUUGAAGUGCCUUCAUGUACCAUCAGAGAACGACAUGAACUAGACAAGAGGAACUCAUUUCACACCCAUUACUAGACAAGAGGAACAUUUUAUCCCCUUUACCUAAACAAG